CAGAAGAUGAGAAUGAGAGAAAUUGAGAAUGAAAAUUGGGGACAUUUGGUGAGGUAAUAAGGGAGCUCAUUUCUUCUCCCAUACCUUCCUCCUGGCUCUGCUUGCUCGCUUGCUCACUCCCUGAGCUGCUACGCGGACUCCGUCAUCAAAACACACAGUGAGGCGUGCUGGCUUGCUCACUCUCUGUACACAUACACACACACACACACACACACACACACACACACACACACACACACAGUCUCUCACACUGGAGCCAACAUUCAAGAUGCAGCAGCAAGAGAGCAUGUCUUCUGAUUCCCUGUCAGAUGUGCACUGCCCAUCAAGACGAUGGAUGUCACGUGGUCACUCCUACGAAGAGCAAACUGUGUGGAACCCAAAGUACUGUGUGGUUGGUGAAUGUCAGAUGCUGCUUCUGAAUGAGGAGGAGGUGCAGAUCCGUCCCUUGUUUUUACAGGAGAGUCGCUCUGCGCCAUGCAAGGUCCAUCUUCUGAGGCGCACUAUCAGCGUUCCAGUGGAGACACAGUUUCCAGAAUUCCACAGCCAGCUGUCCACUGAGAGCGAAAGACAUUAACCUUUACUUUAACCUGAAAUGACAUAGACAUAUUCUUUCCUCCAACUGCGUGUUAGUAACAUAGAAUGGCCACAUCUGGUGCAAUUAACCUUAACAUUAGGUCU